CGCAGCACCUCCUCCAUUUUGUUGCCGCUCGGUUUCCGUGUUUCUGAGAAGGGACCGAGUAAAACGUUGUCAGCGGCAGUAUGGCUCUGCUCGGAGGUCCGGGGAGCGGGUAAACUUUGUGUAGCUACUUUAAACUGCUAAGAUCGACUGUUAAACCCAUUCGGGCGUGUGUUUAAAGACCAGGUACAUCUCCGAGCGCCCCGGACUGCGCUGACACUGACAGCUGGAAAGUAAACAGCUCCAAGCUAACGGCUAACCGCAGAAGCGCUACUAGCUCACCUGCUAGCCCGUCGACAGCUAGCCAACGUAGCCGGCUAACCUGUGCCUGAUUUCGGCUGGUGUUAAUUACAUCCCCGCGACUUUCCAGCACCCCCCCAUUCUGGUAUUAGCCAAACUGCGCUGAGGAAGAAUUGCCACAACGACACUUUUCCAUUCAUGUUGUUUGGGAGACUACGCUUUUCGAAGCACGGAGCCUGAGUGCGUCGUCCCAGUGGAGACGGUGAAGCUGUUGUCUUUACUCUGAACAGAGAAGUGCCAACAGAGGGACAGGAUGCCUAAUCCUCCACCUCCGCCUCCACCCCCAGGACCCCCACCCCCACCCACCUUUAACCAGGCGAACACCACUCCCCCAAAGCUGACAGCGUCGGAGUCCAAGGGCAGGGGAGCGCUGCUGUCAGACAUCCACAAAGGCGCCAAGCUGAAGAAGGUUGCUGCAGUCAAUGAUCGGAGUGCACCCGUUAUAGAGAAAUCAGGAGGAGGAGGGGGUGGAGGUGGAGGAGGGUUUGGAGGCGGUGGUCCUAUGGGUAUGGGAGGUCUUUUUCAAGGUGGAGUGCCAAAGUUGCGUCCAGUUGGAGAUGGUCCAUCUGGUGGAACCGUGGGCAGAUCUGCGCUCAGACCUCCAGGAUCCCGAUCCUCAGCUACUCGUCCCCUCUCAGGCCAAUCAACAACACCCAGCCCAGCUAUAAAGCCGUCUCCUCCGGAGCAGCAGCAUUCACACCGGCCCUCGCUCCCCGACAUCUCCCGCCCAUCGAGUAGCAGCAGCGGCUCCUCCACAGGUAGUGGGAUGAAGCACAGCACCUCCGCCCCUCCCCCUCCUCCGCCCUUCAGCAAAGGUGGCCGUGGAAAUGCCCCACCUGCCCCCAGCAAUAGAGAAAAGCCUCUCCCACCGACACCCAACAGAGGCCCCACCCCUCCCACCUCUGGGAAGCCACCUCCAUCUUCCAGCAAACCUCCAACCAGUGGCUCCUCAGCACCUCCACCUCCUCCACCUUACAGAUCACACACACCAGGCGGCGUCUCCAACGGGUCGGCCCAGGUAGACGGGGGCGGUGCCCCUGAGCUGCCACAGCGGCACAACUCCCUGCACAAGAAACCCACCUCUGGAGGCGGACGCAGCCACGCUCCUCCACCCCCUCCUUCACCAUCUCCAUCCUCUCAGCAGGCUCCCAGACCACCUCCACCCGCUAGAGAGCCCCCGGGACGCAGAGCAGCUCCCCAGAUUCCCUCCUCAGGCUCUCGUAACGGUGGCCGCGACGCGCCUCCUCCCCCUCCCCCCUAUCGCGGAAACAGCUCCGCGGUCUCAGACUCUCUCAGCCGAGUGGGAAAGCCUCCUCCUCCUCCCUCCUCUUCCUCCAUCCCAUCGUCCUCUUCCUCACGCACCCCGGCUGGACCCCCACCACCACCCCCGCCCAUCCGGAAUGGCCACUCCUCCAUGCCAUCCUCCAAAUCAAUCCUGGAUGAUUUUGAGUCAAAGUUCAACUUUCACCCCAUCGAAGACCUUCCACCUCCUGAAGAGUACAAGCAUUUCCACAAGGACUACCCCAGCAAAACUGAAAGAGCCCUGUCGCGAGGAGCUCCUCCAGCGCCGCCUGUGGGCAGGUGAACGGACCUCAGGGCAGCAUGUGUCCGACUGGGACGGUGAGGAGGGAGUGGUGAAGAAGCACUCGAUUCACAGACACACUACAAACAUGAAGACACUAAGACACUAACACUACACGCAGCAAGGUUAACACUACACAGUGCACAUUCGCCACUCAGUCACCUUCUGUCUUUGCACAAGACAAUAAUAGACCCCACUCGGAGGAGGAGCAGACUCCACCUUUCUGACUGUGACCCACCGCAAGCGCUCCUGCUUUGGUUGACUCUACAUAUCAGGACUAAGCUUCAAACUCUUCCAUUCCAUCAUUUUUUUAAAUUCAUACUCACAAUUACAUUGAUAAUAGCGGUGGUUUUUAUAAUUCUGAGUUCUUAGUUUGUUUAUUUUAUUCUUAUUAGUGUCGGCUUUAAUCUUUGGGGGGAAUUAAAGACUACAAAUGGAAUCUUCCCACAAAGCCGACUAUGCCAAUACUGUGGGGUGAAUAGGUGAUUCUGUAUGUUGUCAGUUUUUUUUCAGCUGUGCCGGGUGGGGGUGCAUUGAAUCAACUGUCUGUGUCUGUGUGCCAAAAGCGUGCAGCCCGGGAGCUGCACACUCGACAAAAAUGCAUUGAUGCAUCACAGUUGCCAAUUUGUGUCGGGAGCCUUGCCUGCUUGGUUAUUCUACGUCUUCUCUGGGGGUAUUUAUAUUUCCAUCUUCAGGUUAUCUUCUGAACCAGGACACUGUGCAUGACACUCAUUGAUGCACCCAUGUCAAACUACAUACAUGUUGAUGUUGUAUAGCAGACUAACAGGGUUCACCCGAGACCUGAUCCUGAUGUGUAGUUCACAAACCAGCAUCUUCCUCUGAACACUACAAUGAUGUUUGAUUAAUGGACCAAGUUUAGGCGAUUGUAGCUGCAGGUUUGCAGAGAUUUGAGGUGUUUAUAAGGGAACAUUUAGGACUUUUGGCAGAACUGAUCUUCCAGUUAAGCUGUUAUGAACCCAUGGUUUCAGCUCUGCUGCUGGUGGCGUUUCGCAGCCAGUGACGGAUGCGUUGAGAAAUCGCUAUGCAAGGACCAGAUCUGAUUGUAGGUGGUGGCAGCAAACCAAAAAACCAAACACUCAAGUGCCAGAAAACGGCUUGAAGCAGGCCUUUCUUAACUUUUUAAAACUUGACUCGUGACAUAUUCAGCGGUGAAUGAACAAAUAGCAGUGGUUGUUCAGGUGUCUGUUCUCACGGCGCCUCCUGCUGGUUUUGCCUUAAUCUGUGCUCGCUGAUAGGUACCAGUUGUUUUAUUGAGUGAACCCGAUGAAAACAAAGUUAAGAAGAAUCAAAUAUAUUUGAGAAUGCAAUAAAUAUUGUAUAUUUACAUUAAUGAAUAUGGUAAUCAUAGUUAUUGAUCUAUUUUUAUGUUGUAAAAAGUUUCUGUAAUAUAGGAAAGAGAAAUGAUUCAGAGCUAUAACAUUGUCGAGGCGUGAGCUUUUAUCUGCCAGAGCAGAACUGUAGAGCGUCUGAUAUUUGACCCUGAGGGUGAAUGUGCUGAAUGGAUCCGUGUGAGGUUUUACCAACGAUCCAGUUCAUAAAACAUCAGCAGGACACAAACGUCAAGAUGGAGCCAACACACACACAUUAAAGCUGCUCGUCCUUCCUGGAUGUUCACUCGUCACAUUUGUUCUCACCCUGUGGUCAUUUCAUGUUAUUCAGCCAUGUUUUUAUCGUUUGAGAAGAUUUCAAAUAAAUAUAUUCCUGUUUGGGAGAAGGGUA